CAGCUUUUAAAGACCUUGCUAGCCUUAUGAAUUUUUGUGUAAAUUCAACUGUCCUAAAAUUUGGUAUUUCAGAAUCAAUGUUGAGACAUGUUAUUAAAAAUAAUUUGCUUAAACAUCUUGGUCCUAAGACAAUCCUGAGCAAAUAUGAAGAAGAGCAACUUGUAGACUAUUGUAAAAAUAUGCAGAAGUUAGAGUUUGGUUUGACAAAAUCAGACAUAAGCUAUUGUGUAAUAGAAAUAGUAUAUAGAGAUUAUUAUGUUUAUCCUUUUGUAGCUAAAAGAACUGGCAAAGCUUAA